AUGCCGGACACGGGCGCUGCUGCUGCAGCCGCCUCUGGUGCGUCCACUGGCGGCGGCGAAGGCUCCGAGAGCUCCCGGCACCGACACCGAGCGCAGCAGGGAGACGCGGAGAGGCCGGAGCCGGGUGCUGCUGCCCCGGCACAAAGCUCCUCCGGGGUGCUGGAUAAGUUGUUUGGAAAGCGGCUGCUGCAGGCUGGGAGACACAUCAUGUCUCAUAAGUCUUGGAUGAAAACGGUGCCCACGGAGAACUGUGAUGUCCUCAUGACAUUUGCAGACACUACAGAUGACCACACGUUGCUAUGGCUACUGAACCACAUCCGGCUGGGAAUCCCAGAGCUCAUCAUCCAAAUACGACAUCACAAGCACACACGAGUCUACGCAUUCUUCGUCACCGCUACAUAUGAAAAUUUGUUGCGAGGUGCUGAGGAGAUGGGACUGAGGAAAGGGGUGAAAACCGAGUUUGGCGGAGGAACACGAAACUUCUCCUGUGAGGAGGACUACAUCUACGAGAACAUCGAGAGCGAGCUGUGUUUCUUUACUUCACAGGAGAGGCAGAGCAUCAUUAAAUACUGGCUGGAUAAUCUACGUGCCAAACAUGGGGAGGUGCUUCAUAAUAUCAACUUCCUGGAGGGCCAGCCAAUUAUCCCGGAGCUGAGUGCGCGAGGUGUGAUCCAGCAGGUGUUUCCUCUCCAUGAGCAGAGGAUCCUCAGUCAGCUGAUGAAGUCCUGGGUUCAGGCUGUUUGUGAGAAACAGCCUUUAGAUGAUAUCUGUGACUACUUUGGGGUGAAGAUCGCCAUGUAUUUUGCCUGGCUGGGAUUUUACACCACUUCUAUGUUAUAUCCUGCUGUGAUCGGCUUUGUGCUGUGGAUGCUCACUGAGUCAGAUCAGACGAGUCGUGACAUCUGCUGUGUGGUGUUUGCCCUGUUCAACGUGGUGUGGGCCACUCUGUUUCUGGAGCGGUGGAAGAGGAGGGGGGCCGAGCUGGCGUUCAAGUGGGGAACACUGGAUACGCCGGCUGAAUCCCUGGAGGAGCCACGGCCUCAGUUCCGGGGAGUCAAGCGCUGCAGUCCCGUAACAGGAUGUGAGGAGUUCUACUAUCCUCCGUGGCGGAGGCGUGUAUUCAGGUGGCUGGUCAGCCUGCCCAUCUGUAUCCUCUGUCUCUGCUUUGUCUUCCUGGUCAUGCUCAUCUGCUUUGAGCUGCAGGAGUUUGUGAUGGGGAUCAAGGAAAUGCCUCGGCUAGCUCGCUUCAUCCCCAAAAUCAUGCUAGCUAUCACUGUGACUGCAUGUGACGAGGUGUACAGGAAAAUAGCCUGCUGGCUCAACGACAUGGAAAACUAUAGACUCCAGAGUGCCUAUGAGAAAAAUCUCAUCAUCAAAAUGGUUCUUUUUCAGUUUGUAAAUUCUUAUCUCAGCCUUUUUUACAUUGGAUUCUACCUCAAAGACAUGGAGCGCCUGAAAGAGAUGCUGCUGGUGUUGUCUCUGUUAAGGAGUCUGCAGCGGCAGGUCCGGGUCAAUCUGCUGCCUUCCCUCUACCUCAAGAUCCAGAUGCUUGUGGUGUCUGUGCCCUGGUUCUUCAGGGCUUUACUCAGGUCUAAAAUGCUGGCCACUCUGCUCAUCAUACGCCAGUUCCUUCAAAAUGUGAAGGAGGUGCUGCAGCCUUACCUGUAUGAGCGCCACAAGCUAGGCGAGCUCACACUGCGAGCCGUGUGGGACCUGCUGCUCUCGGUGCUGCUGAAAUACGGCCGGCUGGCAGCGGGAAAAGCCCAGGCCUCUCCCAACGACCAGGCCAUGCCAGGACCUGGACUGAGGGGCACCAGGCCCGGGUUGGGGUACACAGAUAGAAGGGAAAAGAAGUGUUUGAACGGGGGAUGCGGGGUGCCUGAUGAGGAGGAGGGAGGUGAGAGGGACGAGGCUGACAGCGGGAGGUUCAGUGAAGGAGAGACGGAGGAGGAAAGUCUGAUCGACUGCGGUUUGAAGCUGAGGAAAGUCAGCUUCAUAGAGAAGGUUGACAGAAGACCGGUCUGCACUGGGCCCCCCAUCGACACCAGUUUCCUGGAGGACGGGAGCCCCACUAUGGUGGAAAAAGGAAUGGACCCUGCCUCUGUGUUUGAGAUGUGUGACGACGACGACGAUAAUGGCAUCCAUGACAUAAAGGAGUUAGGUGGGGGAGCGACAGGUGUGGCUGAGGGGAUUAAUGCUGCUGCUGCCGCUGCUGCCAGCGCUGCCCCGCUGCCUUCUGGGUCUGAGAGCAGCACAUCGCUGCGACACAGAAUAAGAAGAGGCAGGAGCAUAGAGAGACCCGAGCCGAAGAUAAAGAGAGUAUCUUGGAUUGACCCCCCGGAAGAGAGAGAGAACAACACGCUCACUCAGGCCGAGAUGGAGAGCUGCAUGCAGACUUAUGCUGACACCUUCCAGGACUACCAGGAGAUGUUUGUCCAGUUUGGCUACGUGGUGCUCUUCUCCUCGGCCUUCCCUCUGGCUGCCAUGUGCGCUCUCAUCAACAACAUCAUUGAGAUCCGCAGCGAUGCCUUUAAGCUCUGCACCGGUCUGCAGAGACCCUUUGGACUCAGAGUGGAGAGCAUUGGCCAGUGGCAGACUGCGAUGGAAGCCAUGGGCCUGAUUGCCAUCAUAGUGAAUUGUUACCUGAUUGGUCAGUGUGGUCAGCUGCAGCGUCUCUUCCCGUGGCUCAGCCCCGAGAUGGCCAUCAUCUCCAUCGUCAUCCUCGAGCACUUUGCCAUCCUCCUGAAGUACGUCAUCCAUGUGGCCAUCCCUGACAUCCCUACUUGGGUCCGAGAAGAGAUCGCUAAACUGGAUUAUCAGCGCAGGGAGGCCUUUAAGAAGCAUGAGCGGCAGGCGCAGCAGCAUUACCAGCAGCUGCAGAGGAGGAAGAGGGAGGAGGAGGAGAGGCAGAGGCAGGCGGAGCACAUGGCCCGCAGGGAAAGGGAGCGGGACGACAGCAAGGGCGACUCCUCCGGGGAUCACCACCACGACAAGAGUCACAGCAGCAAAUCACGCCCUGGGAGUGGUGGAGGAGGAGGAGGAGGAGGAGGGGGCAGCAGUUCGGACAAACCCAAGAGGCCCAGCUCUCUGCUGGCCAACAACAACGUGAUGAAGCUGAAGCAGAUCAUCCCGCUGCAGAGCAAGUUCUCCUCGAGUGGCGCCCGCUCCCCUCAGUCGCCCACUGGAAAUGAGCCCAAGCUGCCCGGGUUCCUGAGCUUCAAAUUCCUCAAGUCACCUGAGAAUAAGAAGGAGGUUGCCGCGGCUUCUGCGGCCGGCACCACGGCCGCGAACACCACAGCUACAGCAUCAUCAUCAUCUUCAUCAUCAGGUAGCAGCUCUCAGGAGCGUUCUCAGUCACCCAGCAAAGCCUUCAACCCUGGGAAACUGUUCAACUUUGGGAAAUCUGAGGGGGGGACGUGUGUGAACGGGGCAGCGCUGCCCAGACCUGGAGAAGGAUCAUCAUCACAGACGUCAGACAGACAACCAUCCAGGUCUGACUUGAACGGUGUUCCAGAUGAGAUCCCCUCGCCUGGAGGGGAAGGGUCAGAGAACGGACAUGCAACGGACCUGGACACGGCCGGCUCUAAAGUCUAGUAGCUGCACAGAGAACAAACUACAUGUCAACCGAAGACGUGAUGUGUUUACUGUGAGCAGAGGCCUGACCUACCUUCUGUGCUAUCACAGGCUACGUGUAGAAGAAGUACUUGAAGCAAAGAGAUGAAACUGAUGAGAAGGGACUGUUGUUUUGGUUUGCUGUUUUUGCUGAGAGACAAAAAAAAAACAGGCUCUAUAGGAAAGACGUAAGCCCUCUUAUCAUGACCGAAUACACACACACACACACACACACACACACGCACACAAAUCCUUCCUUGUCUGCAAUACAUAAAGAAAUGCAUGAGCUGCGUUUCUAAUAUUUUUAAGCCUUUAAAGCAGAGAGCUAUGUUCCUUGAUUUCUUCUAGUCAUAAAUUGUAAGCAUCUGGUUGGCCUCCCACUACUAGGACAUAACAGCCUGUUGUGGAGGAACAAGAUUAAAAAAAAGAGGUAUGAAAGGAUCACAGAUUGUACAUCAAGUAACUUCUGAGAGCGUUUUUAGCCGUCACAACACAAGUGAUCAUUAGAUAUAGUCUCAUUUUUGUAACUGUGAGGAAUUCUUGGGCCCUUCACUUUUAUAUUGAAGCGGAAAAAAAAAAUGGAAAAGCAAUAUCAAUUAGUUUGAAUUAUUCUUAUCGGUCAUCACACCUCCCUUAAUAAGCAUCCCUGAUGUAUCACCAGCUUUAUUUUCAAAGCAGAGGGGAUGUCUGAGCUAUCUCCCCAUCCUGUGACAGACAGGAGCAGAUUUGUUCGAAAAAAGAGGUAGAGCUUAGUAAGUCGAGCUGUCGUGUACAGUACUGGUAUUUUCCCCAAGAGAGCAAGAAAAAGCAAAAAUAAAUAAAUAAAUAAAAGCAGAAGUAAAUGAAGGUGAUUUUGAGAAAAUGGAGCAUGGGAUACUGUUGUGUGCUGUUCUCCGUCCAAGCCCGUAGAGCGCCUUGUUAAACACAGAUGGUGCUCCGUUCCACACACUCAAACCAGACUUGGCAAACGAGGGUAGAGUUAAAGACCUAACAUUUGCACUAAACCCUUAACGCCCUGCAUAGAAACCUGUCUGGCUCUGCAGGAGAGAGGACCGACACCAGCCUGCCUCAUAACAUUAUGCAAACGCUGGGUUGUGUUUGAUUCCCUCCUUUCACGCAGUACAUGCUCUCUACUCACCUGCCCCCCUGCUCUCAGCAAAUAUGCUAAAUAUUCCAUUAAUUUUUUUUUUACAAUAGUUGCUCUUAUUUAUGUUGAGCUCCAUAUCUUUUUUAUACGCACCAUUUGCUGCAUUGCUUUAUCGCAGUGCUGAUGAUGGAAAUUUCCUUUUUUAACCAAAGCGGUAUUUUUCGGAUUAUACUGUUAACCCAAGAUGUAUGUUCACUGUAUGUUCUGUUUGUGGCAUACAUUAGUAAGCAAGCCCAUCGUCUACCAUUAACAGGUAUUUCAUUUCUGUAGGGUCUCCAGGAGGUGGCGCCAGAGUAUUCUUGCAUAGCAAAAUGUGUUGUUGAAUGGCUUGUUCUGAUUCACUAUUGACCCAUAACACCAGUGUCUAGUCAUCAGUAUAUAACAGCGGGGAGGGAAUACUUGUUCUGGUGACAUUAACGUUUCAGAGGCCGUCGCACUGUAGGUGAUAAGACAGAGACAUUAACUAUGCAUUUCCACACCAUCACCUCUGGCAAGGAUUUGGGCAAUAACACUGAGUUGUAGGAGACUUACAUGUAUUACUAUAAAACUUAUAGCAGCACACGUCCUACUGCAUUAUCCCCAGCCAGACUCUAUGCAUAUUUUCUUUGUGUCCCUUCAAUCGGCUCUCUCAGCUCCCUCCCGGUCUCAUAUUUAAUGUGAGGAAUCUCCCAUGACUCACAAUUAAAAUAACAGUAAUCUCAUCAGGGCUGACCCUUCGAAGCUUCGACCGUUGCCAAAUCACUAUUUGAAUGCUUUGUUUUUAAUUCUAUUACACUUUUUAUAUAGAAGUAUGUAAAAAUAAUGUAUAAAUCCCAAAAUAGCCCGUGAAAUGAGGAAUAAUCCCACAACAUUAUUCAUAUUCAACAUGAAUUAUUAUUAGUUAUUCUCAGACGGAUAUCGCUGUUUGUUGUGUGUAGAGGUGCGUGUGUGUACAGUCGUGCGGCAGCAGCACUGAAACAACGAAGAUGGAGACAGACAGACAGAUGGAAGAUCAUGUCAGCCUGCUGCGCCACGCUGCACCACGAAGCAAACAUUUCUCACCGAAGCUUCGAAGCCAAAAAAAAAUGGUAUUCGGGACAGCCCUAAAUCUCAUCCAUCUACCACUACAGAAUCUGUCUAGUCUAGGAAUGAUGAUGGUGACAUUAAGCUUCAAACUGUUUUUUUUUAUAUUUUGUUGCUGCUUUCAUGUGUCUGUAACAACUUCACAUUAAGUAUAGUCCACCUUUCUAAAGAAAACACAAAAAUGUACUUCCGCAGACAGGCAAAAAGAUCUUACUGACAUUAAAUGCAAUAAGGAAAUAGACAGGAUGUCGAUUUGUGUGGUCACAGUAUCAUUUUACUGUCUGUUCUUUUUUAUAUUUGGACGUCAUUGUGCAUUAUAAAUGUAAAAUGAGAGGUGCAAGGCUGAGAGAAAUGUAAUAUCUUCAAUGUCUUUGUGAAACAUGAUAGAGAACAAGAUGAUAAGCGUAGCUGAGCGUAGUCUCAUCAAAACCUUUAUUCCUUCAUUGCAGCAUUUUGGAUUUCAGGGAUGAGUGACACCAUGACGCAAUAGAGGCCAUAUAUUAUAAUUUGGAAGUUUGUGUAGAAAAUGAGCAGCCAGUUUCAAAGCUGGCAAGUUUAGGUCAUGUAGUUCCUCCUUAUUCAGGGAAAACUUACAGCUUCUUAUGGUAGAAAUGGAUAGCAUUAACCAACGAAUCACUUCUUUCAUCCUUGCACUCUUAGCAGCAGCAACAAGUUUUGCAUAUUGUUAAUAUGGAGGUCUUUAAAUAGUUAUUGGUUGAAGUAAAUUAACAGAUUUUGGGUAUCAUAGAGGCAUCCCAUACCAGAGACAGCACAGGCGUCCCUCGCGUUAAGGACAGCAGCUCAGACAGCUGAGACUCAUCAGCCGCCUGUCAUUCACAAUCAAAGCAACAGCGGUUCUUUAAAGGAUUUGGGCUUAUCUAGUCAGUCUAAUGUUGAUGUUCUGUGUUCUUCUGGAUUGUAAGAGUGGAUGUGAACAGGUGAUGUUCUCACCACAGCUACAUUAAAACCUGACCCGAACCUCAAAGAGUUUAAGAUAAGACAUCUUCAUGGAAGCCUCACUUACUGAACAUCAUAUGCUCUUCCAAUGUACCACUGUACAAAAAAAAAGUUCUUUUAAAGAGAAAUACUGGGAAAUGGGAUUAUUUAUUUCUUUUAAUUUAUUUUGUCAUAUUUUUGUAAGACCUGAAAAAUAGUUAAUAAAACUAUUUCAAAUGCA